CGUAGAUGUUGUUGUUUCGAUCCAAGAUGGCGGCUGGCACAGCUUAUACUAUAGUGUAUAUUAGCUCCUAACAUGGACUUACGACCCUCAUCACAUGUACCCAUACACUAAAAUCGUUGGGAAAACCACUAUCUCUUCAACAUGGUUGAUACGAGGCGGCGUGUCAAGUUGUACGUGCUGAACGAUGAGCGCCAAUGGGACGACAGAGGAACAGGCCAUGUAUCGUCUGCAUAUGUGGAACGGUUGAAGGGAAUGUCCUUGUUGGUUCGUGCCGAGUCCGACGGGUCCCUGCUACUAGAAUCCAAAAUCCAGCCUGACACAGCUUACCAGAAACAACAGGAAACGUUAAUUGUUUGGUCAGAGGCGGAUAACUAUGAUUUAGCACUGAGUUUCCAGGAGAAGGCAGGAUGUGAUGAAAUAUGGGAAAAAAUCUGUCAGGUACAAGGAAAAGAUCCUUCGGUGGACAUAACACAAGACAUCAUUGAAGAAUCUGAAGAAGAAAGAUUUGAAGAGAUUCCCGAUGCCGCUCCCCCAAUAGAAUUACCACCUUGUGAACUUAGCAAACUAGAAGAAAUCUCUGAACUUUUUAGCAGCGUGCUUCUUUCUCCUGUGCGGCGAGAAAAGUUAGCAAUCGCCAUAGAAAAUGAUAACUACAUAAAGAACCUGCUGGAGCUUUUUCAUAUGUGUGAAGACUUGGAAAAUCUUGAAGGCCUACGACACAUCUAUGAAAUUUUCAAGAGCAUAUUUUUAUUAAACAAGAAUGCUUUAUUAGAACUUAUGUUUUCAGAUGAUAUAAUUAUGGAUGUAAUAGGAUGUUUAGAGUAUGAUCCCAACCAACCACAGCCAAUAAGACACCGAGAGUACUUAAACACUAAGGCCAAUUUUAAGGAAGUCAUUCCAAUCACAAACAUAGAAUUAUUACAUAAAAUUCACCAAACUUAUCGAGUCCAGUAUAUACAAGAUGUUGUUCUGCCCACUCCAUCAGUGUUUGAAGAAAAUAUGCUGUCGACUCUUAGUUCAUUCAUAUUUUUUAACAAAGUGGAAAUCGUUAGCAUGAUACAGGAUGAUGACAAAUUUCUUCCUGAACUGUUUGCGCUAUUGACAGAUGAAGCAACAGAUGAUGGCAAGCGGAAAGAACUGGUAUUCUUUCUUAAGGAAUAUUGUACAUUUGCACAAACAUUUCAGAAUAGGGAUGGUUUUUUCAAGAUGUUGUCAAAUUUAGGCAUUUUACCUGCAUUAGAAGUUAUUUUGGCAAUGGAUGAUGCUGAUGUUCGGCAAGCUGCCAUUGAUAUCUUUGCUCAUAUUGUGGAAUAUAGUCCAUCCAUGGUGAGAGAAUUUAUUCUCCAGGAAGCCAAUACUCAGGAUGAUGAAGUUAUAUUAAUGAAUCUUGUUAUAGAACAGAUGAUAUGUGACCCGGAUACAGAGCUUGGUGGCGCUGUUCAAUUGAUGGGGCUUAUACGAAUUCUUAUAGAUCCAGAGAAUAUGCUGGCCACUGUGAAUCAGAAGACUGAGAAGACAGAAUUUCUAAGUUUCUUUUAUAAGCAUUGUAUGCAUGUUUUGACAGCACCACUAUUAGCAAAUACCACAGAUGAUGUACCUUGUAAAGAUGACUAUCAGACAUCACAAUUACUGAGUCUGAUAUUGGAACUGUUAUCCUUCUGUGUAGAGCAUCAUACAUAUCACAUCAAAAAUUACAUCAUAAAUAAAGACUUUCUGCGCAGGGUACUAAUCCUCAUGAAGUCACGGCAUACAUUUCUAGUUCUCAGUGUGGUGCGGUUUGUAAGAAGGAUAAUAGGCAUGAAAGACGAGUUUUACAAUAGAUACAUUAUCAAAGGGCAACUGUUUUUACCUGUAGUGAAUGCAUUUCAAGCUAAUGGAGACAGGUACAACCUGCUCAAUUCAGCCAUUUUAGAAAUGUUUGAAUUUAUUAGAAUGGAGGAUGUCAAGUCAUUGAUUACACAUUUAAUAGAGACUCACUAUGGUGUAUUUGAAAAAGUAGAUUAUGUACAGACGUUCAAAGUGCUCAAACUGAAAUAUGAACAGCAGCAGGAUAGACUCAAUGAUAAACCUAUAUUGGAUAAUAGUAUCCACCAAGCUGCCAUCCUUCACAACAGUAGGUUUAGACGAGAUCCAAGGUCACUAGAAGAGGAAGAAGAGAUAUGGUUUGAACAAGAAGAUGAACCAGAAGAUGGGGAAGCCAUAGUACCAGUGGCUGAUAUGCUCAAAAAUAAAAUGGAAGCAGAUUUAGAUCACAUUAGUAAAAUUAUUGAUGGAAAGAAAGGACAUAAUGAUUUAGAUAAUAAAGAUGUAUACAGUAAUACUACCAGCAGUACUAGACCUAGUAAUCCAUUGGUGAAUAGUAAUAGAACGUCAUCACCUCCUGCUACACCAAUACCAACCAAAGUAGCAUCACCUCCAUCACCUGGUCUUACGCCAAAUAGCAUCACAAGAAAAACUGGCAUUGUAGGAUUGGUGGAUUACCCCGAUGAAGACUCGGACGAGGACGAGAAUGACGAUGAUAAUUCACCUCCAAGUAAGCGAGUACGCUUGACACCAUGAAGACUGAUGAUCUGAAAUUGAAAUAAGUAAAUGAGCAUUCCAAACGUGAUCAACAAAGCUGUUUGCACUCUGUAAGAUCCUCUCUGGAUGGUCUUUUUUUUAACCUGUUUCUUUUAACUUGUUUUCUGCAGUACAGCUUGUCAUACAUCUACAUUUAUUAUUUAAUUCAGAAGUUGCAACACUUGCUCAUUGUACAGGUACUUCAUGCUAGGAUGCUAUCUUACUUGUUUCAAGUAUAGCAAUACUAUCAUUAUCAGAAAGAGAUUUUUAUUUUCUGGUUAUGUGCAAACAAUUCAAACUCCUUAAACCCAAAAUGCAAUCAGGGAAUUUCAUGGAAGUCUUUUGUAUGUGGUCUGAUUUCAUGUUCUUAAUCGUAUUUUUUAAGUCUGCAACAUGUCUUUUAAUUGGUUAUUACUGCGACCUAAAACAAAGUGACAUACUUGACUGUUGAUCACUAGAAAUUAUUGAAUUAUGAGUCGUGAUGAUUGAAUCAGUGAGUAGACAGUAGUCUGUAUUUUUUUGGUAGUAGCCUUCUGUUACAUACAUGUUUUUAAAACUAUUUCACAGUUAUGUCUUGUCAUAAUUUUGGGGUCUUUGAACUGUGCUUGUUUCACAUCUUAUUUUGCAGUACAAAAUAAUGUGGCAAUGUGUAUAAAUAGGCCAUCUCAGACAGGAUGACCAUUAUCCAGUUAUUGAAUGAAAUUCUAAGAAUGAAGCUGGAAGCAAGUGUGUAAUUUUAAAAAGAACUCUUAAUUUUAAAACAUGGCUAUAUUUAGUCUAUAGAGUGUGAAAAUAUAAUGUUUUGUAAUUUAUUUUGGUCCUGAUCAAUAGAGAUAUACUUGUAGGCAAGCCAAGACACUAUUAUUAAUGAUCAUCUCAACUCACUUUGUAAUAUAUAUUUUACAUUUUAUAUCGAAAAAAGAAGAAAAAAAUGUCCUGUAAUGUCCUUGUAAUUAUUUUUUAAUUUUUAGUACUGGCACUCUUUUUGGCUGUACUCUGGACCAAAUGAUGCUUCAUUUCCCCACUCCAGUCUGAUAAUGGUGGAUGAUAUAAUAUCUAUUUAAAUUACUGAUAAAAAUGAAUCACGUUUUGUGAUUUUUGACCCUUUGCUAAUCCCAUGCCGAGAUAGUGUUUUAAGUAAUCUUCCCAACACCUGAAGCAGAACAAUACUUUCCAGUUUGUUUGCAAGUCUGUCUUGUUUCAGAUUUGUUAAUUUGGUGAACAGAUUGUACAUGUAUUUGUUGCCAUCACUUGUUAGUGUACAAAAUACUGAAAUAAUGUAACUAAAUCCUGGCACCUCGCUGCAACAUACUGACUGGUUCCUUAUUAAAAAAUCCAUCCUAUUAUUCUCCCCUGUCAUUUCAAUAUGGUAGAUUAUUUAAUCUUUUAUCAGGCCUAUGUUGUAUAAACUUGGUUAUCUGGCCUUAGCAGCAAACUCUUUGUCAUGUCAUAUUUGUUGUGGUGAUAUUGCUUCCUACCAUCCUUUAUUAUUAUUAAAUAUUAUUACUAUACAGACCAUACUGAGUUGAGUGUAAUGUAACAAUCAGGGCAGUUUUCAGUGAAUUUACUUAUGCUGCAGGAACUAGAACGUUGUAUAAAAGUGUUGUACAAAUGAAAUGUCACUCUGGUUCUAAACCCUAGAAUAAAAUAUUUUUGUAUGUUUUCACAAUAGAUUUUUCAGAUCUUUGUCUGAGUUCUGGAAAGUAGAUAACUAGUAUUACUUUUGUAGUUGUGUGUGUUCUUUUUUGUAUACAGUAUAAAAGACCAAUGAUCCAUCUUCAUUGAACACUGCUCUGAUAUGGUUUUCUGUGCCCACAUCCCAAAGUCAACACUACCAUUUUAUGUGUAGUUUCCUUUAUCUAUGGUUGCAGUUUUUUGCAGCCAAGACAAGGGAUUUUUAAACUAUAAACCAUAAUAACCAAGUUAAUCUCAUAAAAUAAAAAGAUUCUUUGAAAUAAGCAAAAAAUAUA